UACGAGCGGCCAAAGGACGUUAGCCCGCGACCGGCUGCCGACGCGCGUCGACUCGCUCCGUCUGUCGUCAAUUGUUCCACAACCGUGGCAGGUGUCGGUGCCGUGAUGUGUAUUCUGUGAAGUUUAGUGUCGGACUUUUAACUUCUUUCCUAUUCAUAUCGGAUUGUUCUUCAAGAUUUCACCAUGGGUGAAUCUAUGCUAAAAGAGGACCCGCUGUCGAGAAUUCAAAGGGAGAUCAUAGAAGUAACAGAGAGGGAACGGGAGUUCAAAGAGGGGCACUUCAGAAUUAAUAGACUUAUGUCUGAAUCUACGAUUGAUAUGACCAGUCAGAAUGGACAUCUUAAUGGCGAUGCAGACGAAAAGCCGCCUAAGACCCUCAACAGAGCCGUCUCCACGUCUCACCUUUUAGGUCCCAUUUCGCCCUCUCCACCCAAUACGCCUGCGCUUUUAAACACAAAUGGCUACACGCGCCGGUUUACGCCUCAAACUGGAACGAAAGGAAUUAUGCAAAGGUUUAUAGCAAACAAGGGUAAGUUACCGGUAACCUCACCAACGACGCCUACUGCCGUAAUUCAGCAGCCGCUUGUCUUCACGCCUAUCACAAUCGCGCCCAUCUCCGCUCCAGCCGUGAUCAGCCGUACCCCUGAAGGAAAACCGGUGCGCAAAGGCUACGUGCCGGUAGAAGAAAAAAUACAAAAGGAACUGAGAGAGAUGAAGGACAGAGAACAUGAACUUAAGAAAAUGAGAAAGAAACAAAAACCUUUCGAUAUUGAGCUAAGCGACAAUGAAACAACUUCCGAAUCGGAGGAUGAAGAAAUUCCUAUGCCGGGGAAGUUAAAAGCUACGAAAUCUAUAGGCGAAUUAUACGAGGCGCUUAACGAAGAACUGAGGUCUCCUUCGCCUAGAAAUAGUUCAGGUAACGAGUCAUUGGGCAGCUUGAAGCCUGCUAAAUCAUUGGCAGAAUUGUGCGAUCUCGGACCUGGUCAAGAAUUCUUGGCGCCGAGCUCGACGCGCCUCAUAGCUCAGUGGGAAUCCAUAAUACAGCAGAAGCAGGAAGCCGGAGCGGCCUAGUUAUAAGCAAAAUUUUAACGGGAUAAAUGCGUAAUGUUAGGGCGUGUGACGCCAAAUAUGUUUCGUCAAUCAAGAUCGCUAGCGAGCGGAACCAUGAGCGCCGAGUGUGUCCGACAGUCGGUAUACUCAUUAAUGUGUAAACGUCAUCUGGUGGAUAGUGUAACGGAGUGAUCGGGAUAUUUAAGCCGUUUUGUAGGUCUAAAGCUUGUUUAUCGGUAAAAUCAAGUGACUGAUAAAAUUGUCUGAGAUCGUCAGUUUAAUUGGGCAACAUAUCCGAUCGAUUCAUUCAGCAUUCGAUCGAAUGUGGAACAAUUAAUUUUCUCCAGACCGCGAACAAUGCAAAUGAUGGUUAUCCGUAGGAGUAAUUAUCUCGGUGUUGGAAAGCAGGCGACACACGACGCGGGUUCGUCUACGAUGUGAGUAAGACAGUUUCUUCCUAUUGUUCGAUAUUUACAGCCUACUGAAAAAACAGUGAUGGAUUUUUUGCGAUGGCGCUUUCCCGCAACAUAGCACUGCAGCUUAAUCGCCUAUCACACGUAGUGCCGUAUGAGGUCUCAAUCGACGCCGUGGGAAACAGUGCGGGAUGCUAACAACGAUAAUUGAAAUUUGUUUGUGUGUCUCCCGCAAUGUUCUCGUUUGGAGCGUAAACGCUUUCUCGUUCGUUCACGUUUCUGCUAUCAUCAGCUACUUUUGUAACAAUUUAUUGUGUAAAUAACGUGUUAUAAUUUAAUUUAAUCGUUCAAGUCAUUCUCUAAAAGUAUUUCUGACUGAAAUUAUUUUAAGAUAUGUUAAUUAUUAAUUAUUUUACCGAGCCAACGUUAACUUUACGUCGAUAUAUAUUUUUUCUGUAAAGUAAAUGAUUGCGACUGUCAGUAGUUACUUUCGAUCAGUGCAAUUAGUCGUCGAUAACUGCCGGCUUGUAUAAUUCCUAUCAAAUUAAGAAGUACUUUCACAUUAUGCAAAAUAACCGACUGUUUUGUUAGAUUCAUUUGGGUAAAACUGAUCGAAAAAUAUAAAAAUCUAAAUAGAAGGCUAAAUUAUCAAACAUUAAUUUGUUACGCGUGUCGGAA